AUGGCGGCGGCGCUGGCAGCGGUGCGGCGGCUCCGGGUACCGGCCGUGCUGGGGCCACGCCCGGCAUGGAUUUCCCACGAUGCCGAGCGGCGCCACCUCCCACCUCAGCCCAGCAUCCCGCCCCCUGCCAAGUAUGGGGGCCGCCACACCGUGACGCUGAUCCCCGGUGAUGGCAUUGGCCCUGAACUGAUGCUGCACGUCAAGGAAGUCUUCAGGCACGCCUGCGUGCCCGUGGACUUCGAGGAGGUGCGGGUCAGCGCUGAGGCGCCUGAGGACGACGUGCACAACGCCAUCAUGGCCAUUCGCCGCAACGGCGUUGCCCUCAAGGGGAACAUUGAGACCAACCACAACCUCCCUCCCAGCCACAAGUCCCGUAACAACCUCAUCCGGACCAGCCUGGACCUGUACGCCAACGUGAUCCACUGCCAGAGCCUGCCCGGGGUGGAGACGCGGCACCGCGACAUCGACAUCCUCAUCGUGCGGGAGAACACGGAGGGCGAGUACAGCAGCCUGGAGCAUGAGAGCGUGGCGGGCGUGGUGGAGAGCCUGAAGAUCAUCACGGCCGGGCGCUCGCGCCGCAUCGCCCACUACGCCUUCCACCUGGCCCGCGCCGCCUCCCGCCGCUCCGUCACCGCCGUCCACAAGGCCAACAUCAUGAAGCUGGGGGACGGCCUGUUCCUGCAGUGCUGCCAGGAGGUGGCGGCCGAGUACCCCGAGAUCAGUUUCCGCAGCAUGAUCGUGGACAACACCACCAUGCAGCUGGUGUCGCGCCCGCAGCAGUUUGACGUGAUGGUGAUGCCCAAUCUCUACGGAAACAUCGUCAACAACGUCUGCGCCGGGCUGGUGGGGGGCCCCGGCCUCGUCCCCGGCGCCAACUACGGUCACGACUACGCCGUCUUCGAGACCGCGACGCGUAACACGGGGAAGAGCAUCGCCAACCGCAACAUCGCCAACCCCACGGCCGCCCUGCUCGCUGCCUGCAUGAUGCUGGACCACCUCCGGCUGCACAGCCACGCCUCCACCAUCCGCCAGGCUGUCCUUGCCUCAUUGGAUGAUCCCCGGACGCACACACCCGACAUCGGGGGACAGGGCACAACCUCGGGGGCUGUCCAGAGCAUCAUCUCGCAUCUCCCCCGUGCCUAGGGCAGCCAGACGCCGGGUUCCCCCCACGGCGGUGGGGCGGGACCCCCCAGGUACCCCACAACCCACUGCUACUCCCCAAUAAACCCCACCGGAGG